AUGCUUUUGAAAUCCUUUGGAGAUACCUUUCAGAGCGAUCAAACCACACAAAAGCUCGAAGAUCUUCUUUCCCGCCUCGAACAAGAACGUCUCAAGAUUGAUGCCUUCAAGCGCGAGCUUCCCCUUUGCAUGCAGCUCCUUAACAAUGCUGUGGAAGUCUACAAACAGCAACUAGAAGCAUAUAGAGCAAAUAGUAACAAAAAUAACCAAAGUGUUGCCACAAGACCGGUUCUUGAAGAGUUCAUACCCUUAAGGAAUCAACCGGAAAAGGCAAACAACAAAGGGAACAAUUGGAUGACGACUGCUCAGCUUUGGAGCCAACCUGAAACCAAACCGAAAAACAUUGAUUCAACUACUGAUCAAUCUCUUCCAAAAGACGAGAUUGCUACUAGUCCGAAACUCGGACAUUUUGAUGCGAAACAAAGAAAUGGUGGUGGCGCUUUUCUUCCUUUCUCUAAGGAACAAUCUCUGCCUGAAUUAGCUUUAUCUACGGAGGUCAAGAGAAUAUCUCCGACCAACGAACAUACUAAUGACCAAGACGGCAAUGAUGAGAGCAUGAUCAAUAAUGGUAAUAACAAUAACAAUAAUAAUAACAAUUCGAAUAGCAAUGGAGUUUCUUCUACAACGAGUCAAAGUAAUAGAAAGGCACGGCGUUGCUGGUCGCCGGAUUUGCACCGGAGAUUUGUCCAAGCGCUUCAAAUGCUCGGUGGUUCGCAAGUGGCUACACCGAAACAGAUAAGGGAACUUAUGAAAGUUGAUGGUUUGACCAACGAUGAAGUCAAAAGUCAUCUCCAGAAGUAUCGGCUUCACACAAGAAGACCAAGCCCAAGCCCACAAACAUCAGGUGGUCCUGGUCCUCAUUUGGUGGUCCUAGGUGGCAUAUGGGUCCCACCAGAGUACACCACCGCACACGGUGGCACUCCGACUCUCUACCACCACCAAGUCCACCACCACCACCCUACCGGAGCGGCUCAGCCUCCACCGCACUUUUGCUCCUCUCAAGAAUUCUACACAACUCCACCUUCGUCGCAGCCGCUCCACCAGCACCACUUCCAGACGUUUAACGGCUCAUCCGGAGCUGGCACUGCCUCAACCGAUUCAGCUCAUCGCCAGUUAACGGACAUGGCAGCUGAUGAAGAGAAGUCGUCCGAGAGUGGCGGUGGAGAAAGAAAAGGGUUGGCUGCUCUUAGGGAAGAAGGUGAAGAUCAGAGCAAUGUUAAUGGAAGUGAAAUAACUCUCAAAUUUUAA